AUGUACCCAAAUUCGCAGGAGCGAGAGCGCAACCAUCACGGCUACGAAGUGAUUGAAAGUAUUCCCACGCCAAAGCACCCGACUCAGAUUGAACUGGUACCGAUCGAGGAUCCGUCCAGUCGGAGGUCUCGACAGAAUCCGAGUCAUGGCGAUAAUCCGGAGCUGCGCAAGGCCCCUGCGUCAAUACUAAAGCGAGUGCUCAACCAACUGCGAGGCUGGCGUCUGGGUGCCUUCCUCUCCGCGGUGACGGCACUUUUCUCACUCGUUGUCAAUGCUGGGGUAGUCAUCUGGUUACUUGGGAAAGGAACGGGAGAGGUCUUAAUACCGUUGUACCGUGGAAGUUGCUCGCAAGUGGCUAAAGUCGAUAUCCUUGUUCACCUUGCCAUCAACAUAUUGAGCACGAUUCUGCUUGGAGGUUCGAAUUAUUGUAUGCAAGUGCUGGUUGCGCCGACGCGUGCUGAAGUCGACGGAGCCCAUGCGCGGGGAAAGUACAUGGAUAUUGCUGUGCCCUCGAUACGCAACCUGAGGCUCAUUUCGAGGUAUAAAGUAUGUUUGUGGUUGACGCUGGCUUUUACCUCGCUGCCACUGCAUUUGAUGUACAAUUCCGCAUUUUUCAAGUCCUUGUCGACCAACGCGUACGAUGUCCUUCUGACCAGGGAAAGCUUCAUCAACGACCAGCCAACAGACAAUCACUACUAUCUGCAGGUGCCAAGCGGGCCUGCUUAUACUUACAGUGAACCACUACCAGCCUCGUCCUCCGGACUUGUCAAUGCAAGCGCCAUUCAGAACAACUUGACCAGCUACGACAAGCUCGACGUCGAAGACUGCAUACGAACAUACGCCAAUGCUUUCCUGAGCACGAGACGGAACCUGGUCCUGGUGAUCGACGGCGAGCCUGUUGAGGUGGAUGAUGUGAACAUAGUCGCCAACUUCAGCUCACGCGGAAACGACCCAUUGUUGUACCAGACCAGCGAGCACUAUUCGAGUGGCGAUCCUUUUUCGUGGCUAUGUGACAGCGUUCCCAACCUCGACACUAAAGUCGAUGUCCCACGGUACUCCGGAGGAGGCCGAAAGCAGUGCUGGCUGUACUGGCAACAAUGGCUUGAAAAACCCGCAGAGUGGACGCCCAACGGUCAGAAAAUCAGUUCCUGCUAUUCAGAGCCUGUGAAAGAGCAGUGCGCAUAUUCCGCGAACCUUCCCAUCGUCAUCAUCGUCAUGGUCUGCAAUCUUUUCAAAGCGCUCGCCAUGCUGUUCGUCGCCUGCUGGCUCGGUGGACGACCGCUGACGACCGUUGGGGACGCCAUCGCUUCAUUUCUUGAACGACCGGACCCAACAACCAAAGGUUUCUGCCUGCUGUCGCGCCAUCGAGUCCAGGAUCUGAUCUGGCCCAGUAUUCCUGGCGAACAAGUCGAGCCAAUGCCACCUAUUCGAAGCCAGCGCUGGUUCCGUGCCACCAGCACCAGAAGACGCUACUGUCUCGUGUUCCUGCUCCUGGUCGCACUCGUCGCCGCCGUCGUGCUGCUAUCCAAUGCUCUGAGGUCCAUCAAUGGGCUCGCUACCGUCAGCUCGAUCGGACUCGGCUCGUUGCAAAUAGCGAAUAUCGUCGACUCAGCAUUCCUCGGAAAGGGCUCAGCAACCGCACAGAUCAUGGCUGCCGUCUUCGCAGCCAACGCGCCUCAGGCCAUCAUGUCCUUCCUCUACAUCAACCUCAACGCCUACCUCACAGUGAUGUGGCUCGCGUCAGAAUUCACAGACUUCGCCACAGAGAGGAAGCCGCUCCGUGUGAGCAGACCUAAGGGUUUACAACGCGGGACCCACUUCCUUCAGCUGCCAUACAAGAUCUCCCUGCCGCUGAUGAUCUUCUCUGCCUUGCUGCACUGGCUGCUCUCUCAGUCGAUCUUCCUGGCAGUUGUUCAGGAGUUCGACAGCAAUGGAGAUCUGUACGACCCAGUAGCGGUCGCGAGUUGCGGCUUCAGCCCACUAGCCAUGAUUCUAGUGCUUGUAGCCGUGCUUCUGCUGCUGGGGACGACCAUCGGUGUCUCAUGGUUCCGGUGGCUGAAAGGUGGCAUACCAGUGGCCGGCAGCUGCUCGGCGGCUAUCAGCGCAGCCUGCCAUCAGCACGCUGGGAUGCCGAUGCGGGCUUGA